UUUGCGCUUUAUAGAAACAGCAGCUAUUAGGGUUUUACGUUUCCACUUCCCAACGGCUUCACAGUUUAAGCCACUUUUAGCGAGAGAGAGAGAGCGCAUAGACUCGGAGUUGGAAAAUGGUGAAGGGACGCCAAGGAGAGCGAGUCAGGCUUUAUGUCAGAGGCACAAUCUUGGGUUACAAGAGGUCGAAGUCCAACCAAUAUCCCAACACAUCACUGAUCCAGAUUGAGGGAGUCAACACCAAGGAAGAAGUUGCAUGGUAUGCUGGUAAGCGCAUGGCAUACAUCUACAAGGCCAAGGUGAAGAAGCAAGGAUCCCAUUAUCGCUGCAUUUGGGGCAAGGUCACAAGGCCUCAUGGAAACAGCGGUGUUGUCAGAGCUAAGUUCAAGUCCAACCUGCCUCCAAAGUCCAUGGGAACUCGUGUUAGAGUUUUCAUGUAUCCGAGCAACAUUUGAGUUCCUCAGGCGUUUUGGCAGGUAGCAGCGUGGGCUCGUUUGACGUCUUGUAUUACUUAUUAUAAGUUUAAAUAUCGCUUGAGUUAAGAAUGAUGGGUGGACUUUGUUGCUAAUUCCAGUCUCUGUUUUCCACCAUUUUGUUCUUGAUGCGAGUGGUUUUAUUAUCACCUUUAGGCUUUACCUCGAUUUACACAUCAAGUUCUUUGAUAUGAUGAACAAAUAUGAGGCGCGCAUUUAUUUCCUUGAUAAUUUCUUAUGUUAUAACACAAUUUCGUA